CCUCAAGCCUCAACACCAAACAAAAGUCAGUCGUGAAACCUACACCCGAAGCACUUGGCCCAAUUCCUUAUUCUUACGCCAUUUACCCUGUUUACCUGUCCCACUCACAGAACAUAUUCACGCGAUUCGCUUUCUGUUGUCGCUGCUCUGCCACCUCCACAUUCAUCACCGAUCAGUAGCAUCGACGUUGGGCGCUACUGGCCCUACGUAUACUCGCCAAGCGCUCUCUUCGCGCUACCGAAUCGCCUCUUUCUUCUUUCAUUAACCACAAUCACGGCGUUUCUGGCGUUGAAUCGGCAUGCCUACCCCAGAGUCCACAUCUAGGCCGCCUGACAGGCAAACCCGCAAGCGACCUUUCACUGGGUGGAUGAAGCGCCUGGCAAACUUGAAAUCGUCCAGCUCUGAUCAUCCCAGCACCUUUUCGAAGAAGAAUCACGGAGGACCACAAAGCAAAACCAAGAAGUCUGCUGUCAAGAAUAACCCUUACCCUGAAUCCGGCCACCUGAAUGGACGACCCAACGGGCAACUCUCUUUCAGCAGUCCAGCAACACCACGGUCCAUCAAUGAGAGCUUUACAUCUGCCGAGGGGCCUGAUUCAGACCGGCGACAAGCGUUGGCGAAGAGCAACAAAUCGACCGCCCCCACUGUUGCGACGCACCCGGACACCGUACAUUCUGGGAGGUCAAAAGCGGAAACGGGGAAUAGCAACACGGUGGGUGGAGGUAGCACCUUUUCGUCGCCAAAUCACUCGGAGCGUUCUCUCACGACGACUUUGACUACCAUACAGUCGACUGCGCCGUCGAAUGCACUGGGACAAAAUCAUCAGAGUACGCAGGCUCCGAGCGGCGUGGCUGUACAUUUCUCACAUCAGUUUCCCACUUCGCCGCCGCCUUCGGCGCUUCCUCCCCACAUGGUGCCUCAGCCGCAGCCACACUCUUACCAGGCAGCGACGGCAAAUAAUAUCCUCACGGACGACGCGUCGAUUCUGACACUCGCGUCCUCCUCGAAGCAACGCCGUCGCCGGAACUCUCUUGACACAAAUGCAUCCGUGCGCGCCUUGGCCCCAUCGUCGGUCUGGGGAGGAAGCCGGGAAUCAUUACCUCUCAGUGUACUCUCUGGGAACCCCGACACAAUCUAUAGUCCUCAGAAUAGGCCUGCCGUCGGGGGCUUUAUGAAUGCUGAGCGAGCCAGUGUGUAUUCAUCGUCUGGAGUGGCUGCCCCCACCCUCACCAGUGAUCGUAACAGCUAUUACAAGAAUGCCGAUGGUAUCAGUGUCCGAAGUGGGUUGCUGGGGCAUGGUCGAACCGACAGCAUUCCGGGGAGUAUCGGGGCAACAGCAACCGGUCCGCUUGCGAGUCCCAGAGAUCCCAAUGGCCCCGGGAAAUUGAGCAGGAGAAGUUCCGAGUGGAAAGAGCACGAGGAGCCCGAUGAUGACAGCGAGGCUGGCGAGGUGGGGGGACACGCUUUCACCCCUGUGAUGAUAGGCAAUGAUGUUAAAGGGAAGGUCCCAGAGAAUUCUAACGGCUAAGCGGAUGAACUGGAUAAAAAUAUUUGAGAUCCUUUCAUGAGCUCAUGUUUGCUUCCUUUUGGGAUACGCGACGGAUACCUCUUGCUGGCACGGUCCGCUUUCCAAAGAGAAUCUAUGGGUUCAUACUCUACAUGGCACUGCAUUGUUAGCAUCAUUUCGCUCUAUGCUAGGCCAUCUAAUGCUUAGGGCAAGGCGUUAUGGUUAGUGUUGGAUAUCAGGUUAUACCCUCGCCUCCACAAGGCGUUGUUCCAAGUUGUGAAAAUAUGAUUUUACAUGUUUCUG